AUGCCUCGUAAAGAUUUGACCUUUUUAGCCGAUGAACGCUUGAACGAGGCUAUCAAGUUCGGUAAUCAGGGUCGUACGAAAAAGGUUGACAUCGGACUUGUAAAGUCAAAAGAUUCGAAAAACUUGGUAGACCAAGGGUUUCAAUCUGAUUCUUUGGCCCAGAAGAUCAACGGUCGAGUUCAGAUACCCAAGAACAGUAAACGCACCUUACUUGAAGCUCCUUUAGAUCAAUCGGCUCAAAAAAAGAAGAGACAGCCACAUAUUUCUGGCUAUCAUAAUGACCUUUACUCACAUGUCGAAGAGCUUGAGCCGUCCACCUCUCACUCUGAGUUGUUUCAAACUCCAGGGAAGCUUCAAAGCUACGCCAAAUCAAGAAUAAACAUCAGAACUCCUGAAGAAGCAGGGAAAAGACGUGUGGUGAUAGAAGGUGAACUUCCUGAUUUAAUUAACCAUGACCUCAUUCAACAUGAAGAUAAGGAAAGAGGAUGGGAAAUCGAGUCAGAUGAUCCAGCUAAAAUCCCUUCAAAUCCAGAGGCAGAAAAAGAUGCAUCAUUAGAAAAGGCUAAAAAGAUUAUUCACGAGAUCGAUCAACCCUGGAAAAUGGUUUUUGAUGAAGCUGCGGGAUCGAUAAAGGCCGAUUUUCGAAAAAUUGCUGCUCAUAUCGAUCAUCUGCUUGCUAAUGAUGCUACCUUGGCCGAAAACAUGGGUAAACAACUCGAACUGAGUCUCGUGUCCUGCGUCGCAUCAAGAAACAAGGUGAUAGAGGACUCGGGAGAGGUACUAGAAGCCCUUGUUCAAAUUCAAAACUCAAACGACGAAAUAUCUAUCAAGAUACGCGAAUUGGAGAGGGAAUCUGAAAUUUGUAAAAAAGAUUUCUUGCAAGAGCUCUCAGAAUACGAGGCGAAACACGUAGAAGAAAUUGAAAAAAUGAGAGGUGAGAUAGAUGCUGAAACAGAAGAGUUUGAGUCCUUGAUCAGUACUGCCAUGUGCGAUAAAAACGAGAAAAAGGAUAUGCAAAAACGUCUUGCGGUCUUAUUGGCAGACGAAACAUGA